AUGAUAGCUUGCGCUGAAUUACUUAAGGAGACUAAAUUUGAUUUUCACGGGCUUCCACGCUGUUUUGUUAGAAUCGACGUCGAGCAUUUUAUCAAAAUAGACAGAAAAUGGACACCGUUAAAAUCAAUUACUCGAUUGGCUAGAGAAAUGGUACUUCGUGCGAUUGGGUUGUUAAUCAAAUGCAAAACAUUGAAUGAAAUACGUGUAUUGUUAUUAUCUUUAUUUAUAUUGCUUACUAAUGAAACGAAUGGAACAAUCCCCGAGAAUGAUGAAGAAACUCCCUGUGAACAACACAAACGUAUAUUAACUGAAGCAACAUCAACUGGUUUCGUUGAUUUGCAACAACAGUUUAAUGAAAUAUUAUCCUUAGCUGAAACUGAAGAGGAUGCUCGCACUCUGAUAGAAAAUGAGUAUGAACGCCAAAAUGAAGCUUUGGAUUCAAAUGAGAAUCCAUUUCAAACAUGGGCUGAUGGUAUAUUGUUAGAAAGUAAAAUAUUUAUAAAAAAAAAGGAAAUGGAAUAA